AUGCCGCCGAAGGGCAUCAGCAAGAGGAAGAGUGGUGCUGGUUCGGCUGGUGCGUCUGGAUCCCAAGGGGUCACGGCAGCUGCCUUGAAGAAGGCUAAAGACGUUGCCAAAGUGCUGGAGGAGGACGAGACCGUUGGCCAAAAAUGGGAGGAAGCUACGACUCGCGAGGCUGCUGGCUCGGCGGCCAUCGCCCCGUGGUUCCCGACAGAAGUUCGCGACACGAAGGACUGGACCAUCAAGAUAACGAAGCCCAUGGUCGCACUGACCCGCCAGCAGGUCAUCGCCGGGUGCGACGGCCAGGAGCCAGAAAAGUUCGGGGCGAAGCUGAUGGACAUCCCAGAUAACAAUGGCAGCACCUUCAAAGGCAUCCUCAUCCCGAACCCCCAGAGGCCCUACGUCGAGGUGGACUUGAGCACUACGUACACCAUUCGCAAGGGGGUCACCAAGCUCGACCCUGCACUCAAGGACGGCGACCCCAGGCUCAGCAACAUCAUCAAGAGGGCCAACACAGAAGUGCACACUCUUGACAGCCUCAGGAACAAAGCGGAGCAGUACAGACGCACCCAAGACGAGCUGAAGGAGAAGCAGCAGGCUGACGAGGAGAGUCGGCCCGACGGGACUUCUGAUGCGCUGGAGACUCCUCGGAAGUCUGUUACAGGAACGAGCUCAGCGGCGGGCCCCGUGCUGAAUCCAUCUGGCGUGAGGUCGUCCAUGAGUUCGAUCGGGGACGCAACGGGGCGAAUUGGCAAGACGCCAGGUGCCGAGCCUCGUGGUAGAACGCCCCCUCCAACCGAGGAUGGACUGACUGAGAACCAGGAGACGAUCGAACGGAAGAUCAGGGCGGUGGACCUGAACCAAUGUUGGUCGGGCGUCUCGAUGGGGCGCCAGAUCCGCUGGGCGAAGGAGGCCUACGACGCCAUCAUGGACAAAGGCGACAUCAGGGACACCAAUGAUUUGGAGAAGCCCCAUAAGCACUGGGAGCUCGCGGAGGCUAUCGGCGCCAUUGUUGAGAAGCCGUUCAAGAGCAUCCCGUCGGACAAGUUAGAGGCGAACUUCAAGGUCAUCGAGGACGCAGAGGAGGACGUUCCCAGCAAGUUCAAGCUCGAGAUUAUGAGGCACAAAGUGGUCUUGAUGCAAAUCGCGACGGCGAAUGGUACUGAUAACGUCAGUUCUAUCUUCCACAGCAACGCCCCAUGGGACAUCCGUGACGUGACAGGCGAGACUUUCGUUGAGACUUUUAAGCCGAGGACCCCGAGAACGAUAGGACUCGACGGCAGCAGGAUGGAUAAGAUCAACCUUGCCGACAGCUUCAGUUUCGAGAUGUUCAACUUCCAUGUGAAGCAGGCUGACUCUGGGAUAGGUGCUCUCAGGUCCUUCGCCAAGAACGUCUUGGAUUGGUUGGAUGAGAACUGCCCUGAAAAUGAAUCGCACGAUGAAUUCAUCGGCAAUGUGGUCAGCUGCUGCAAAGUCUUGGUCUCCAUCAGCGACAAGCAGAGCACUGCAUACUACGACGCGGUGGUCCGCUUGGGAAGCACGCGCGGAUCUGAAUCGCCAACGGGCUGCUUUAAGCAGUUGAAUCUUGCACUGAAGCGUUCCACCUUCUACACUGCCUUGAAGGACGAGUUCAUGAGCUUCUACCAGAAGACGUCAGAGUACAUGCCCGAGAUGUUGAGCCUCCAGGACAGCAUGGAGGCUGAACCGAUCGAGGAGUUCGCCAUCGGCAAGAUGAUGAAAGCACUUGACUUGAUGCCGAAGCUUGAACAGUACGCCAGGCCAGGGUCAUUCGACGAUUUCGAGCGCCGCUUGGGGGCGAAGUGCGAAGCCUACGUGCACACCCUCACCGUGGACAAGACGUUCGAGAAGCUUGACAAGACCGCCCAGACCCAGAUGCUUUCGGAUGCACAUGCUCUGCUUGAGCAUGCGAAGGUCGGACUGCCAAAGAAGAAGCACGUGUGGCAGCAAGCAGCCGAUAGCCUGAGCCAGUACGAGUCGGAGCUAAACAUGUUCAACGCGACCCAAGGCAUGUCAGAGCUGGCCGCCCGGCUUACCCCGACCAUGCUUGGCGAUCCCAAGGGGCGCCAGAACGUCAUCCCCAUGCUGGGCUCCGCGCUGGCUGCUGGUGGAAGGAGCUCCGAGGCCCAUAGGGAGAGCGCGAAGAAGUUCAAGGAUGUCACGCUUGAGUGCGUGUGCUCCUGUGCGAGCCCAGCUGACGCAGAGCCCUACACAAUUGUCCUCAAUAAGAUCUGCGAGGCCGAAUGGCUCCCGCGUGAGGACCAGCAAGGUUUGAAGGCGGAGAUCUCCAUGCUCGAACUCUGGCCACACCUGGAGACCAGCCGCAACCAAUCGGCCCAACUCGGAGACGACAUGAUUCCGCGCCCCGAACACCCAGAGUCCCCAAGCACCUUCACGGCAUUCAAAUCAUACUUGGUGAAGGCGUCCGCACAUGAGGCGACCAUCGACCUGAUCCCCGCCCUCAAGACGACGUACGGUUUCUGCGUGACUAUCGAGGAUGACGUCAAGAUUGCCUCUAAAGUUUGGGCUGAGGACCGCGUGCGCAACAAACCCAAUGAGCCCAAGCCGCAGGCUAAGGGAGGCGCCGACUGGGAGACGCCAUGGUACACUGGUCUGGACGCCACGACUGAUGAGAAGACGACCCUGAAGCGAGCCGAAGAUACGGUGCUGAAGAUCAAGGGCAAACAACUCGAGAUGCUCAUCGCUGGGACCGUCAAGACCGUCGACAAUCUCAAUAGGUGGAGUACCUUGGCAGGGUUCAAGAUCGACGGCGGGCUGCUCGCAGAGACUACAGGCGUGAUCAACAAUGCCAAUGCGACGAAAUACACCGCUCUCAUGCUGCACGCGUUCAAGGGGGCGGGCGCCGUGACUCCGAAGCUCAAGAGGAUCAUCGGUACAUGCAGGAAGGCCAUCAACGACCAGAAGCUCGAGGGCGAUAUAUUCCCGCCGAUCGCGAGCUGGGCGAAGUCGCUCUGCUCUUUCAAGGCUUGA